GAUGCCUGUUGUCUAUUAGAGACUUGUCCAAGACCAACUUGAACUUGUCACUGCAUUUAAGUUUCAUCAUUUCAUGCAUACCAACGCUGGUCUUCCAACCGAAUUCAGAAGCUUGUACCGGCUCUUUCUUCGAGCUAAUUCCGCGGUGGUGCUGCACCAUUCUCCAUCGAAAACACAAGUUCGUCGGCUGUGGAGACCUGUCUUCGACGAGGCUGCACUUAAAAUCCACAGGCUUCAGCACCACGACGUUUGCUCGUCCGAACGGACAAAUAUUGUCCAGUGGCUAUAUACAUGGCACAAACGAGUGGAUCGUACGCUUUCGUUACUCGCUACCGCGGCGGUAUCACGAGGACUCGCCCAUAAAAUCACUCGCAAUCUGAAAUGGCUACGACAAAACCAUGUUUCAUGGAUCGAAAAGUUGUACUAUUCCCACAAGCCUUUUUGGAAAGCGCAACUCCCUCGGACGUCUGCGCAGUAUCAGCCUUAUUCUCUUCCAACACCUGGCAGCAGACCCGAUCACAUACUGAGGAAAAAUAGGAAUCUGAGGUUGUUUGAUGAGCAGUGUUCGAACGCGAUUGGCGAGGUCGUAAAGAUGGCUGAAGGAAGGCAUGGUAUUAUUCUGGGGAGACUUCGCCUUAAACGAUGGCAGCACGAGUGGUCGUCAUGACUGCAAUCGUGAUUUAGAGCACAUGAUCCAAACGAAGAUUGGCGCAAGUCGACUACCUCCUUUUGUUGUACGCCUGCUCACGUGCUCGGCCCAUACUUGUUUGUGCCCGGAGACAAUCUUGAAGACGAGUAUGUGAUUCUGGAUCCAUUCCUUAUCGCCGCAAGACAACAGAUUCUGGCGCCUAGUGUUAUGCGGUUCGUCCAGCGAACUCUGUUUAGCUUUGGGCGAU